CAAGGGUCUCACUGGACAGCUGAGUCCAGCUGGGGGUUUCUGUCCAUGGGGUGGCGCUCUCCACCGCUGCCCAUGCCCUUGGGCUCGCAGUUGCUGUGCGCAUGUGUGUGGGCACCCUGAAUGAGUGAGUAAGGGUGAUAGGUCCGGAGCAGUACGUGGAAUGUUUGGUGCUGGUGGCCGGCUCAGAAGGGAGACACUCGGGUGUAACGAGAUCAGAUAGGAGAAGGGCCAGGAGCUAAGAAUAGGACUGGACACAGACAGGCUCCUGGCUCAGGUGGGGGCAUGUUAGUGCCAGCCAGAAAGGAUCCUGCUGGAGCCAAGGAACAGAGCAGGGCCUCGGGGCACAGAGACCCGGACCCAGGGUUCCAGCACAGGGGGCAGAGUCCAGCUCAACCCAUAAACAGAACUGAUAGAACAGGACUCAGGGAGAGGGCAAGGACUGGGGCCCAGAGCAUUGGCACUGGGGCCAGAAGAGGAAGUCUGUGCCUGGAGGAGAUCCCCGUCUCACCACCAUGGCAUUCCUGGUGGCUGGGACCCUGCGGGUGGCCUCACAGAUGGCAGAUACUUGGGAGAGCCUGGGAAGAAAGGGCAAGUACAGCAUGCAGGGUCCAAGGGUAGCCCUGCUGCUCAGCAGCCCUGAAGUAUCGGCCUCUACAGUCACCGUCCUGGAGGGUGUGUUCCAGACCCUGGGCUUUGAAAGCUGCCAGAGGAGGGAGGCCUCAGUCCAGGGCUUCCAGUGGGAGCUGGUGAGGUUCCGGGAGCAGCUGGAUGCCCAUGGGGGCCCUGUGGGCUGUGCUUUUGUGGCCUUGGUGGCCCCCAGCCAGCAGCUGAGACAGCCACAGCAGCUAGUCCAGGAGCUGAGCCGCUGUGGGGCCCUGUAUGGCUGCCCCAAAGUCUUCCUGCUGCUCUCCAGCGCUCCUGGGGCUGCCUCUGAGCCCGGAGCCUUCCUCACCAGCCUGGGUGAGCUCUGUGGCCGCUGUCCUCACUGGUCCCUGCUGCAGCUGCUGACGGAGGUCUUCUGCAGGACUGCUGAAGAGUCCUCAGGGGCUGCCUACUGCCCGGUCCUUCGGAGCUCCUUGCGGGGGGCCCUGUGCCUAGGGGAUGUGGAGCCCUGGGGGCCAGAGAACCCAGCCCCAGUGCUCAGUAUGACCUGUCCGGGGCCCGGGCUGCCCUCCUCCUGGCUGUGA